AUGGGACCUCCAGCUCCAGUGGAUAAAAUCGUGGCAAAGAGCAUUGUGGGAUUCCAGGUGCAAGGAAAUCAGGACAAACUCGGCAAGAUAGGCAUGGGUCUGAUGUUGAGGAUCCCUCUGACUAUUUUCGGUCGCCCGGUCUACGAAUACGAGGGCGGUGGACAGCACGGGAACCUGGCUGCCUGA